CUGGAGGGCGCACUGGCUUUGUGCCAGGAGCAGGAUUACUUUUUGUUUCAGGUCAGAAGACUGCAGACUACCAUGGCGAGAUGAAUGGGGAAACUUUCUUGAUGUGGUUUGAAGACAUGUUGGUGCAUCUUGAGGAACCCAGUGUCAUCAUAAUGGACAAUGCUUCAUAUCACAGCACCCAGGUUGAGAAAACACCUACAACGAACUGGAGCAAGGAUGCACUGAUCGCGUGGCUGGAGAAGAAUGAGAUAAAACAUGAAAAUAAUUUGUUGAAAGUGGGGCUGCUGAGAAUAGCUAAACAAAACAAGCCCCGAAUACGAUGGGCGAGGUGUGUGGAUCACGUGGAGAAGCUAAUUCAAGCAGACUGGGAGAGAGAAGUCCACAUAGACAGCGGCACCAUUCCUCCACUCAUCAUCCACCUCGGCGAGGAUAGUUCAAGUGAAGACAGUGACAGCGAAGAAUUUGAGGUUACGACACAGCAAGUAGAUGGAGACAGUGAAGUACUGGCAGUUCCUCUUGAUGAUUUACCCGGGUGUUCUUAUUGAGGUCUGUAUGUAAUAAACACCUGGGCAACUGUAAGUACUGGGGUUUGAAACAUUUUUUUUUUCUUUUAUGCA